GAAAAAGCAAUUAGCCAUAUACUUAAGUUAGCCUAUUAGGCAAACUCCGUGUUACCCUCACUCUUCACCUGAGUUCCAGCUUGCAGCAACGUGCAUAGAAACACAACUAAUAUUUAGAAAGUCUGGUGGAUGCAAUAAACGCUUUGCGUGAUCGCCCACUCCUCGUUGUAUUACAGCUAUGUUCUUACCCAAGGUUACCAAACCUCUGAUCGAGACAAGUUCCAGCGACUUGAGGUUUUUUCAUUCAUGAGGCGGUAGGCUGUGACCCAAUAUGCGGAAUGAGGAAAAGCGUUCAAGCUGCGAAGUGAACAAGCCCUGAAGUAUCCACAGAGGACUCAUCUAAGACUCGGCUCCGUUACGCUCCAGUCAUGGGAACGUUAAUAAUCCGUCUGGGGAUAGGUCUUCUCGUUUUCUUUUUGACCUCAGCAUCCAGUGUCUUCGGUUCCAACAUAUGCACAUCCAGAGGAGUCACCACUUGUCGAGCCUGCCUAGCCGUUCACCCCAGCUGUGCAUGGUGCUCUCAAGAGGUCUUUGGGAAGGGGGGGUCCGGCACUUCUCGCUGCGACCUAAAACAGAAUCUGGUGAAAGGAGGCUGCAGCCAGGCAUCUCUGGAGUUUCCCUCCAGCACCUUGACUGUUGAGGAGAAUAAACCACUCAGCGGCAAGGCAUCGGGUGUGACUGAUGAUGUCACACAGAUCAACCCUCAGAAACUCCGUAUGGUAUUAAGACCAGGUGAUGCCAAGCUUUUCACUGUGUCUGUGAAACAAGUGGCAGAUUACCCCGUGGACCUCUACUACCUGAUGGAUCUCUCAUACUCAAUGAAAGAUGAUUUGGAGCGCCUACGCACCCUGGGCAAUGAGCUAGCUUUAACCAUGGGCCGGACCACAAGCAACCUGCGCAUGGGCUUUGGUGCCUUUGUGGACAAGACCACAUCCCCCUACAUGUAUAUGUUCCCCCCAGAGGCAGUUACAAACCCUUGCUUCAGGAUUGGGACCGAUUGCCAUCGUCAGUUUUCGUUCAAGAACGUGUUGUCACUGACAGAGACGGUAGCUCGCUUCACUGAGGAGGUGGAGAAACAGCAGGUUUCUAGAAAUAGGGACGCUUCGGAGGGUGGAUUUGAUGCCAUCAUGCAGGCUGUAGUAUGCAAGGACAAAAUUGGCUGGCGUCCAGAUGCCUCUCACCUUCUGGUGUUUACCACUGAUGACAAAAGUCACACUGCUCUGGAUGGACGUUUUGCAGGCAUCGUCCAGCCCAAUGACGGACAGUGUCACCUUGAUAACGAGGAUACGUACAACAACUCAACUGUGCUGGACUAUCCCUCUUUGGCACUCAUGAUGGAGAAAAUGUCUGAAAACAACAUUAAUUUAGUUUUUGCGGUGACUGAGUCUGUGGUUCCGCUUUACAAGGAGUACAGUAUGCUCAUUCCAGGCGCAGUUGUGGGAAAGCUGUCUCGUGAUUCCGGGAAUGUUAUCCAGCUAAUUGAGACAGCCUACGCGAACAUUCGCUCUAAAGUGGAGCUGGAGCUGUUGGGAGUCCCAGAGGAGUUGAACCUCUCCUUCAAUGCCACCUGCGUAGGUGGAGAGGUCAUCCGUGGACUCAAAUCCUGCUCUGGCCUCAAGAUUGGAGACACUGUGUCUUUCAGUGUAGAGGCUCAGCUGACCCACUGCCCCAGCAAGAAGAGCCACACAUUCACCAUCAAACCUGUGGGCUUCAAGGACUCCCUGCAGAUUACGGUGGACUUUGCCUGUGGUUGCGACUGUGAGUCAACGGCACAAAAGAAUAGCCCCUUCUGCAACAAUGGCAACGGGACCUUUGAGUGUGGCGUUUGCCAGUGUAACGACGGUCGCCUGGGCCCGCGAUGCGAGUGCUCAGUAGAGGACUACAAUCCUACUGAUGAUGACAACUGCAUCCAACCACCAACCAGCCGCGUGUGCAGCGGAAGAGGCGACUGUCUGUGUGGACAGUGCUCCUGCCACUUGAAUGAGUUUGGUCAGGUGUGGGGAAAGUACUGUGAAUGUGACAACUUCAACUGCCUGCGCUCCAAAGGGGCUCUGUGCUCCGAUCACGGAAAGUGUAACUGUGGCUUCUGCCAGUGCGAUGCAGGCUGGAAAGGAGAAAGCUGUAACUGCACCACACGCACAGACACCUGCAUGUCCAACACCGGCAUACUUUGCAGUGGCAGGGGUUACUGCGAGUGUGGAGUCUGUCAGUGCACUCAGCCCGGUGCCUACGGAGUCACCUGUGAGAAAUGCCCCAUCUGUCCUGAUUCCUGCACUAUAAAAAAGGAGUGUGUUGAGUGUCAGCACUUCAAGAGAGGACAGUAUGCCAAGGACAACACCUGCAACCGAUUCUGCAAGGACGAAAUUCAAGUAGUAGAUAAACUGGCCUUCCGUGAAAAGUCAAUGAACUGCUCAUACAAAGAUGACGAAGGCUGCGUGGAGCACUUCCAGUAUUAUGAAGAUGACAGCGGCAAAUCCAUUCUGUUUGUGGAAAAAGAACCAGUGUGCCCUGAGGGUCCAGACAUCUUGGUCGUGCUCCUGUCGGUGGCCGGAGCCAUUCUGCUGCUCGGCCUCGCUGUCCUCCUCAUCUGGAAGCUGUUGGUCAGCAUCCACGAUCGCAGGGAAUUCGCCAAGUUUGAGGAGGAGAGAGCCAAAGCCACAUGGGAAACGGCUAACAAUCCUCUGUAUAAAGGUGCCACCUCCACCUUUACCAACGUAACAUACCGAGGCCAGUAACUGCUGAAUGCGAUGGAGGGAAUCUCAGGGGUCAUCGACAGAGUGGGAAUGUAGCAGCACAGAAAUGAAUUGGAAAAUGCUUUACACUGUCAUGUGCCCAGCUACUGAAGAGCGGUAAUUGCUAUUGACAACAUGAUGCAACAAUUUUACAUACUGUAAAAAACGGUUGCAGCUGUUCACAUAUAAGUCACAGGUGGUUUGGGUUUCUGCUGACAUGACUGUAGCACGCACUUACUGCUGAACAUGCAUUUAUGCAGGAGUUCAUUAUUGUAAACUUCUACGCUGUCACUCUGCAAUAUUUGUUGUUUUAUGUUGUUGAUGUUGUUGUGUUGUUUUUGCCUAUUUGUUGAAUAUGUCCCUGAUUACCUUAUUUCUUUUUAAUUAAACAGAGCGUGGAUCAAUCAUA